ACGUCAGCAUUAUUCCACCGACUGCGCAGAAGACUUCAAGAUAUUACGGUUACAAGCAACUGAGCGGCGUCGCUCCUAGUGCGAAAUGGCACGAUAACGGCUUGCAGCGGCAAUCCCAGCAGCGGCAACUCCGGCAGUGCAACGGUCCAGUGCACUGGCUACUCGCUUCUAUUUUGCAAAAAUGGCGUCCCUUGUGGCAACCUUCAGCACUGCUGUAGUCGACAGCACGAAAGAACCGCUCGACUCCUUCGCGUCGCCGCGCCCCCGCAGCCCGCCCCUCUCCCGCAGCGCGUCGCAGCGCCGCCUGAUCGAUGGCCGUGUCCCUGAGUGCGAAACCUGGCCGGGACGGUACGGAGGGCCUCCUCUGGGGCCCCUCGUUUCCGACGGCUGACCCCGCGGGGUACCUCCUGGACGAAGAUGAAGAGGAAUUCCUCACCGAGGGGCCGUGUUCCCCCCUCUCGUCGUCCUCCUCCUACGCCGCCGACACCUUCCCGUCCUCCCCUCUCUCUUCUCUCUCCCCGCCCCCCUCCCCUCCCCCGCCCCCUCUCCUGGGCUGCAAGGCCGGGGCUGACCUGCUGUCGCUCCCCUGGCUGUCUGCCGACGAGCUGCCGUACGGGCACCUCAGCGCCGGCAGUAGCAACGAGGAUGCCUUCUCUGGCAUGGACUGGAUGGCGGAGAAGAUGGACCUGAGCGAGUUCGACCUGGACUGCCUCAUGGGCCCCUGUGCUCCGGACCCCAACCCCGACUCCGCCGAGGACCUGAUGGCGUCGCUGGAGCCCCUGCCCAACCCCGACGGCCUCCUCUUCCCCCCCGCCGCCCCCGAGGAGGAGCUGGGCCUCGCCCUGCCCCACCUCCCCGUCCUCCCCGAGCCCCAGGCCGAGCCGGAGAUCAAGUCCGAGCCGCCCUCCCCCGUCCCGUCCCUGUCCCUCCUGCCUCCCCUCUCCCCCGCCUGCACCCUGGACCUGGGCAGCGAGGUGGACGUCGCCGAAAGCAAGAAGCCCGCCCCCGCCCCCGCCGAGAAGGUCCUGGUCCCCCGCCUCGUCCUCUCCCUGGCGGCUUCCUCCAACAUCGUCCUCCUCCUGCCCCCGAAAGAAGAGCCCUUCCCCGUCCCCGCCCCCGCCCCCGCCACCCCCCCGGGGCCCGCCUGCUCGGAGAGCGAGAGCGACCUCGGGUCCCAGCCCCCCACCCCUCCACCGCCGCCCCGGGCGUCCGGCUCCUCCAGGACCAAGCCGUACCCCUCCCCCUCCCCCUCCCCCUCCCAGCCCGGCGCGGCCCCGGCGCCCGCGGCCCUGACCGGACGGGUGAAGUCGGCCGGGGCGCCCAAGGUGGUGGAGAAGAAGCUGAAGAAGAUGGAGCAGAACAAGACGGCCGCCACGCGCUACCGGCAGAAGAAGAGGGCGGAGCACGAGGCCCUGGGCUCGCAGUGCGCCGAGCUGGAGCAGCGGAACCGGGAGCUGGCGCAGAAGGCCGAGUCCAUCAGCAAGGAGAUCCAGUACCUGAAGGACCUCAUCGAGGAGGUGAGGAACGCCAAGAGCCGCAAGGCCCAGGCCCCUCAGAGCGACGCGUGACGAGGAACGGAACGGCUGGGAAGGAAGAGACGCGCUCCGGCGCGUGACCCUCCGUCUACUCCCCACCCCACCACUCCCCUAACUCGCACAAACACACACUCGCGCUCACACACGUCCUGACUCGCACCGGUAGGCAUGUCGUGUGCUUCAGUCGUAAAAUUGUGAUGAGACCUGUCCACUUUUUAGAAUAGCAUUUUAGAGAGUGUAGAGUGAUCCCGCUGGUCACAACGUUGUGUAGUCUGAUCUUGAGUUACAUUGCUCUGCCUCUGGGAGGUACCCCCUCAAAUCUCCUUUUUGUCUUCAGUCCAGUAAGUUAUCCGUUGAGUGUAUUUGUAUUCCACCCCCCCCUUCUUAGCCCUCGGUCGAUAAUGCUUUGUGUACAGUUGGCACUCUGUGUAGAUUUAUUUAAAAACCUUCUCUGACCUGUCUGUAUAUAGUGUGUAAUGCUGUCCUAAGUAUGUAUAAAUGCUUUCAUAAUCUCCUUUUCUAAUAAAGCACUACUGAAAUGCAA